GAAUCAGUGCAUACAAUCAUCCAUUUUUGUUUGGCCGAGAGCAUCUGUCAAAAACUUCCAUAUUACAACAUGCGGCUGACAUGGGUAUUGCAGUGAUUAUUCUUGUUGCAUUCACAUUCAUUCGGUCGGAGUGUUACUGUACUCGGUUAAUGAAAAUAUCAACAAGGAAAAACACAUGCAGUUUAUAGGAGGUAUCAGCUUGUUCACAUACUGGACGUCUUCAUUAAUAUGGGACAUGCUUGUGCUUGGAGUUGCUGUGGGAUUUUCAGUGAUUAUUCUACUUAUUUUCAAACCAGGCUCAUUCUGGGGCAAACAGAAUCUUGAAGCAACUGUAUACCUGUUACUCUUGUAUGGAUGGGCGACCAUGACAUUUGCAUAUUUUCUUGUGAAGAGGUUCCAGAAUUCCGGAACAGCUUUCUUUACAGUUUUCUGUAGCCUUUUAUUUGUGGGAAUUUUCUGUAUUCUUAUGGUAUUCUCCUUCAACUAUUUCACAUCUGGAAGUGAUAACAAGAGAAUGAAGGAUGCUUAUGAUGCAAUGAGAUACAUCUUCCUGGUUUUCCCACCAUAUGCCCUCGGUGGUGGCCUUCUCGACUUGAUUGAUAACCAAAUCAAAACCGUCAUGUAUGCGAGAUUUAAUACAGAUGUAUAUGAGAAUCCCUUCAUGAUUGGUUGGCACUUGUUCGCAAUGGGGGUUGAAGGUUGCAUCUUUUUCGUACUGACCGUCUGGUUGGACAUGAGGUUUUGCUGUAAGAGAACAUAUGAGUGUAGUGUAAAGGAGAGUAAUAGUGAAGACUAUGAUGUCACAGCUGAAGGGCGGAGAAUUGAUACCGGAGAUUGUCGGUCAGAUGCUGUGGUGGUCCGCAAUCUUCACAAGAUCUACUGUGAAAGUAGUAAGGAAGUCCAUGCUGUUAAUGGCUUAAGCUUUGGCGUUCCAUCUGGGCAAUGUCAUGUAACCAAUUAUGAGUUUGCAGCCAUGAGUGGACUGAAGUCAUAAUCAUUAUUGGCCAACUGAAGAAUUCUGAUGCUGUUGAGGUAGUUUUGGCAAUACUUGGAAUCAUGCCUCAGAAGAUUGCUGGAGGUGUCUUUUUGUUACCAAGAAAAAGGGAUGGAGAGAAACAUGGAAACAUUAGUGAAGAUACUACAAAAUGGGGUUAAGACGGAAUGUCCAGUCACUAGAAGCUGUCAUACAGAAUUACCAACAAAACAACAAAACAAGGGGCGUCCGUGGCCGAGUGGUUAAGGUCGUUGACUUCAACCCACUUGCCCCUCACCGCUGUGGGUUCGAAUCCCGACAGGGACUUUGGAUUCUUUCAUGUGAGGAAGCUAUCCAGCUAACUUACGGAACGUCGGUGGUUCUACUCAGGUGCCCGUUGGUGCCUGAAAUAAUGCACGGAAUGGUACCUGAGGUCUUCCUCCACCAGUAAAGCUGGAACGUCGCGAUAUGAUCUAUACUGUGUUGAUGUGACGUAAAACCCAAAACAAACAAACAAACAAAAACCAACAAAACAAAAAGAAAUUGUUCUUGUGCCCUAUAAAAUACAUGUAUAUAAGAAAUUGAUAGAUUAACUUUGGAACACUUGAUUAUGAUAAAUCUGAUAAUGUGAUAUGAUAAAUUUAUGAUAAUUAUGAAAUACAAGUAAAAUUAAUAAAAAUAAAAAUAAAUUUAUCCAGUAAGAAAUAAGAUAAAACAAAAGAGAAAUAUUUUUCAAAAUUAAAAGUACAAGGUCUAGAUACCAGUUUAAAUUAUAUAGAACUUACAGAAUUUAUUUACACUAUGUUAAUUUUUGACCUCUAAGUGUGACCUUGAACUUGGGAGGUCAAAAAUUAACAUAGUCUGUUUAAGGGUAUAUUUUGUGUCCCGAUCAAGAACUUCUUCAGGAUUUUAAAAUAACUAGGCACAAAUGGUCACAAUAAGAAGAUGAUAUGUCAAGUACAACACCUGCACCCCUACCUCCAAGGUUAAGGUCACACUUAGAGGUCAAACAUUAACAGUCUGUUAUAUGGUAUAUUUUGUGUCCUGUCCAUAACUUCUUCAUAGAUCAAGGGAUUUUGAAAAUACUUGGCACAAAUAGUCACAAUGAUAUGAUGAUAUGUCAUGUGUAACACCUGUGUCCCUACCUCCAAGGUUAAGGUCACACUUAGAGGUCAAAGAUUUACAUAGUCUGUUAUAGGGUAUAUUUUGUGUCCGAUCUAUAACUUCUUCAUAGUUCAAGGGAUUUUGAAAAUACUUGGCACAAAUAGUUACAAUAAUAAGACGAUAUGUCAUGCAUAACACCUGCACCCCUACCUCCAAGGUCAAGGUCACACUUAGAGGUCAAAGCUUUACAUGAUAAAUUUUUAAAUUCCGUGUUUCAUUUUAUUUCUUUAAUAAAUUUAUUGUUGCAUUUGCAGAUCUAGCAUUGAUCAUAAGUUUGGACUGAAAGUCCUGAGAUCCAUACCUCAAUCUUUUGAAAUAGCACAAUUUUAUGCUUCGUAUAAAAAUUCCCUGAGGCGGGGGACGUUGGUAAUUCUGUUACAAAUUCUUGUAUAUCUUGUUCAUAUUGAUUUGAUAAAAAGUCAUAGUAAUUUAUUUCUUUGUCCACUGAACAAAGCUUAUAAAUAUUAUUUAAGCAGUUAAAUUUGAAAUGGCUACAUUUCAUUUUAUAAUGAAAAUGAUACUCUGAAUUAAUAAUUGUUUUUGUUUUUCUUUAUUGUAGGGAUGGAGAGAAACAUGAAAACAUUAGUGAAGAUACUACAAAAUGAGGUUAAGACGGAAUGUCCAGUCACUAGAAGCUGUCAUACAGAAUUACCAACAAAACAAGGGGCGUCCGUGGCCGAGUGGUUAAGGUCGUUGACUUCAACCCACUUGCCCCUCACAGCUGUGCCUGAAAUAAGCAGGGACUUUGGAUUCUUUCAUGUGAGGAAGCUAUCCAGCUAGCUUACGAAACGUCGUUGGUUCUACUCAGGUGCCCGUUCGUGCCUGAAAUAAUGCACGGAAGGGCACCUGAGGUCUUCCUCCACCAGUAAAGCUGGAACGUCGCGAUAUUGAUGUGACGUAAAACCAAAAACAAACAAACAAAAACCAACAAAACAAAAAGAAAUUGUUCUUGUGCCCUAUAAAUACAUGUAUAUAAGAAAUUGAUAGAUUAACUUUGGAACACUUGAUUAUGAUAAAUCUGAUAAUGUGAUAUGAUAAAUUUAUGAUAAUUAUGAAAUACAAGUAAAAUUAAUAAAAAUAAAAAUAAAUUUAUCCAGUAAGAAAUAAGAUAAAACAAAAGAGAAAUAUUUUUCAAAAUUAAAAGUACAAGGUCUAGUAUCUGAAACCAGUUUAAAUUAUAUAGAACUUAAAGAAUUUAUUUAAUAUACGCUGUUAAUAUACUUUUAAUGUAUUUGCUCAAAUCAUAAGUUUAUGACGAACAUUUUUAAAGGCCCAUCAAGCCUAAAAAAUGCUAUCAUUUUAAUUAUGCAAAAACUUAUUACUUUUUGUGUUUUCAAACAGUUUCUAAUUGGCCAUAUACCCAAGUCAUUUUUUGCAUUUUUACAAUUACGGGCAGUACAGUUUUUAAUGAUUUAGUACUUUGCAUAAGCAAGUCAAAAUACCACUUUGUUUACAUUUUGCUAUCUUUAUCACAAAUUAUUUUGCAGUCAACACUAUUUUUUCAUGUGAUAAGCAUCUCACAUGCUUUAAAUUCAUUUUAACAUCAUUAUAAAACACAUGUUUGCCUAUUGUAUAAAUAAAAAAAAACUCAUUUUUAUGCUCCCCGAAAAAUUUCGGGGGAGCAUAUAGUCGGCGCCUUGUCCGUCCGUCCGUCUGUCCGUCCGUUUUUUUGUCCGGAGCAUAACUUGAAAACCCUUGGAGAUAAUUUGUUUAAACUUCAUACAGUGGUAGAGGGCAUUGAGGGGGAGUGCAGUGUCAAAGAACCAUAACUCUAUUUUGCCCGGUUUUUGAAUUAUCUCCCCUUAUAGAAAAAUCUUGUCCGGAGCAUAACUCUAAAACUAUAAGAGAUAUCAACAUGAAACUUUGUAGGUGAAUAGAUCUCAGUGGGUAGAUGUGCAGUGCAUAAGAACAAUAACUCUUUUUGUCCUAAUUUUGGAGUUAUUGCCCUUUGUUAAUUUCAACACUUUGAACUUUGUCCGGAACAUAACUCUAAAACUAUAAGAGAUAUCAAGAUGAAACAUUGUAGGUAGAUAGAUCUCAUUGAGUAGAAGUGCAGUGCAAAAGAACCAUAACUCUGUUAAGCCUCAUUUUUGACUUAUCUCCCCUUAUAGAAAAAUCUUGUCCGGGGCAUAACUCUAAAACUAUAAGAGAUAUCAACAUGAAACUUUGUGUGUAGGUGAAUAGAUCUCAAUGGGUAGAUGUGCAGUGCAUAAGAACAAUAACUCUUUUUGUCCUAAUUUUGGAGUUAUUGCCCUUUGUUAAUUUUAACACUGAACUUUGUCCAGAACAUAACUCUAAAAUUAUAAGAGAUAUCAAGAUGAAACAUUGUAGGUAGAUAGAUCUCAUUGAGUAGAAGUGCAGUGCAAAAAAAAACAUAACUCUGUUAAGCCUCAUUUUUGAAUUAUCUUCCCUUUUAGAAAAAUCUUGUACUGGACAUAGCUGUAAAACUAUAAGAGAUAUCAACAUGAAACUUUGUAGGUAGAUGUAUCUCAAUGGGUAGAUGUGCAGUGCAUGAGAAUCAUAACUCUGCCUUGCCUAAUUCUGGAGUAAUUGCCAUUUGUUUAUUUUUACUUUUUGAAGUUGUCCGGAACAUAACUCGGAAACCAUAAGAGAUAUCAACAAGAAACUUUGUAAGUUGAUAGAUGACAGGGAUUUCGAAGUGCAGUGCAAAGAACAGUCACUCUGCCUUUCCUAAUUUUGGAAUUAUUGCACUUUGAACUUUUUCCAGGGACAUAACUCAGAAAACUACAAGAGGUGUACUUUCCUGUGUCCAAAACCUAUUCGGGGAGCAUCACCCGGCUCAAACCGGGCUCUUGUUUUUAGACAUUCUUUGCCUUUAAAACAUGUUUAGAUUUAAAAUGUAAGGUAAUUGAAAUCUUGGUAAGACCAUGUUCAUGGAGGUUUUGGCAAAAUCUAUAAUGUAAAAUUGUCAAUUUUAAAUUAGUUUUUCUUCCCAACACUUGAGAGUUAAAGAUAAAUGAAAUCUCAAUAAAAUCAUGAUUCAUGGUGUUUUUGGCAAAAUCUUUAAUGUAAAAUUGUCUAAUUUGAAUAAUUAAUCUGUAUAUGAAAUAAAUAUUUCCCAUCACUUGAGAGUAACUGUUCAUGUUUAUUAGCAUUCAGCAAAACAUUUGCCUCAAAAAUUAGGACAUUCAUUUUAGAUAUACAGUUACAAAGUAAAGACGACAUAUGAUAAUAAAACAAACUUGCAAACAAUAUAAUUUUAAAUAAUUAUGCAUGAUCAUUUGAUAUUUGAAUUAUUAAAUGUAUAUCUAGGUACUGGUACAGCAUUCAAAAUAAAUUAAUUACAAUAAUUUAACGAAGCUAUUCUAUUCUUUAAUGGCAUAAUUUUUUUAAAAAUUUGUACAGAUGGGCAUGAGCGUUGGCUUAAAAAAAUUUGGAUUUUUAAAAGUCUAUAUACAUUUUAUAAAAUGAUACAAAAUAAUGAUCAUCUGCAAUUAAAUCUUUACAAUAAAUACAUCAAUCUUUGUGGAAUAAUAUUUGAUCUUUGAAUUUUUUCAGAGCAAUUUUAUUGGCUUGUCUUUUUGGGUUUUCUGCUUUUUUUUAAUCUUUUUUUUAUUUCUGCCUUUAUAAAAGUCAUUUAACCUUCUGAGUUCUCACUGCAUUUUCACUUGUUCUAUAAUAAAUAACCUAUAUACAUGUGUAUUCUCAGUGCUAACAAUAUAACAAUAUUUAACUAUCGGUUAAAUGAAUUUUAUAUUAGGCAAUCCAAGCACAAAAAAAUAUUUAGAAUAGACAAGCUUUAGAAUUUUAGCUGAAAAAAUUUCAAAAGCAAAAAUAAAAAUGGAUAGAAAAAAAAACUAAGGAAGAAUUAAAGGUUGUUUUACUAGUACUUAACAUUAUGAAAAUUAAUUAAUAUAAUAAAAUGUUUUACUAAAUUUUUAAAAGCUGACUGUUCUUCCCUAAAACUAAAGGUUGUUUAUUUUAUUUCCUUUGUCAUCUUGCAGUUACUCUCAAUGUUCUUAUAUAAAUGUAAAAAAAAAUAGCUAGAAUGUCAUUACCUGAUAACAUUUAAAAAUUCUUAAAAUAUCUCCUCUGUGUAGACUGUGCAGACCACGAUUAGACGGUACUUGAUGUUUUUACUGGUCUUGUCUUCCCAGGUAUUAUGGGUAAAAUAUGUUGCCACCAGCAGGCUAAGGGUAAAACAUCUUCACUUUAGUGAAAAUAAAAAAUUAAAUAUAUUUAAUGCACAUAAAGUCCCAGAAAUAAUCUUUUUUCCCUCUGUAAAAAGGGUAAAUACGUGUUUUAUAAUAUUGUAAUAAUAGAUUUAG